AGAUACAGAUAUCUUGGUGACGAAAUUAGCUCGGUUAUAGCACUGGGUAUGGAACUUAUCGAAAAGAAACUCAUGCAUUUUGCGAUAAAAUUGAAAUGUUGCUACUUUUGAUGAGUGUUUGUUACCAGUUUUGAAAUAUAUAACGGUGUAUUAUCUGCUUUCCGAUACUUCAUGGUGUAUUUUUCAAUAAAAACAUUAAAAAAAACUUGCACAGAAAUGUCAUGCUUGUGAUCGCUGUUUGACGUCGACGUAGCCUGUUGUCAGUUAGAGGCGUACGUAAAUAAACAAUUCGGAUUAAACACGUGCUUGGUGCAUUUGGAUUGCCUGAGAACUGAGGACAGCGAAUUUAAUUUUAUCACGCUAUAACGAUGGAGUCUGACCAGGAAGAUGAGGUUCCCAAUGUCAAUUUCGUCCCGAGCUUGCUGUUCGUAAAACGUGGCGUUGCAAAGGCCAACCCGGACAAGGUUACAUUAACCCCGGCAGAGCUGGCAAGAAUUAUCAACGAGACCAGAGAAGAUCUGGAAGAAGAAGGGGCGGAAGGGAUGGACACAUCCGACGACGAAGAGAAUGAAGAUAGUGAGAGAAGUUUAGCUGAAAGAGCUGGCAGGUUGGCAGCGAUGAACGCAGAUGGCACGGGUGAAGGAACCGAUGAGUAUAAUUUCGAUUCGUACGAGCAAGAAACCGGCACAACCGGAUUACAUCUGAGUACGGUGGCCGUAAUUGAUCCGACAGAAAACAUCCAGGAUGAUGAAGAUUCGGAUGCGGAAGAUGAAAUCAUUAAGCCGACUGACAACCUGAUCCUUGUCGGACACGUGCAGAACGAGAGCGCCUCGAUGGAAGUGUACAUUUACAACGAAGAGGAAGGAAGCCUAUACAUUCAUCACGACUUCCUGCUGCCGAGUCCUCCGCUGUGUAUCGAGUGGCUCAGCUUUGAUGCGGGCAGUGAUAAACCGGGCAACAUGUGCGCGAUCGGGUGUAUGGAACCUAUUAUUACAAUAUGGGAUUUAGACAUUCAGGAUUCGUUGGAACCGGUGUGCAAGCUGGGGUCGAAAGGCAGUCGUAAGAAGAACCUCCCAAAGCUUGGCCACACGGACGCUGUUUUGGAUAUUUCCUGGAAUCACCAUUUGCAACAUAUCCUAGCUAGCGGAUCGGUGGAUCAAACGGUAAUUCUAUGGGACCUGGAGGAGGGCACACCCCACACGACGAUCCGCGACUUUGGGGAGAAGGUGCAGACAUUAGCGUUUCACCCGAAGCGAGCCGAAACGCUUCUGGUUGGGAGUUGCGAUGGCAAAGUAAAAGUGUUCGACUGCCGCUCUACAACCGACGACAGCAGCAGCUACAAAAUGUGGGAUCUUGGUGGCGAAGUGGAACGUGUCUGCUGGGAUCACUUUAACCAGAACUGCUUUGUGGCCAGCACCAACGAUGGAAAGAUGCACUACAUUGACAGCCGCCAGGAUGAACGUCCGCUGUGGUCGAAGGAAGCGCACGAGAAGGAAGUUACCGGACUCGUGCUUAGCGCUCAUGUGAAGGGAAUGCUUUCAACUGCCUCCGCGGACGGCUCAUUGAAAGUAUGGGACAUUGAUGAGCAGGAUGCGCGCAUGGUAUAUCAAAAGAAUCCCAAAAUCGGUGUUAUACAGUGUUUGGGUGAAUGUGACGAAAGUCCGUUUACCCUGGCAUUGGGCGGAGAUUUGAAGACGAAGAAUUUUUGCGUGGUGAACCUGCUGGACAACGAUAUCGUGUCAAACGUAUUUAAAUCGAGACACGUUGCAAAUGUUUCGGACAGCAGUUGCGAACCUCCAACGGAAGAAAUGGAAGAAGCAACCAUCGAAGAUGAGUAAAUUUCUAAUUUCCAGUAUGCCAAUAAAGGUUUACACAUGAUCGAAAAUAACGUUACUUCUAUAUUUCGAUAUGAGAAACUUUACUACAUGGCAAGACUCUACUUGGUUUUUAAUCGGAUGUUUCGGUGAUGGUAGAGAAAGCAAACUUUUUUUUUGUGAGCUUUUUUUUUUCUUUCAUGUACUACUGUUGCAUAAAAAACGAUAAAGUCUAAUUUCUAGAUCAUGCGAUUGUAUUUUGCAAAAUGUACGUUUUAAAUAACAUUGUUCCUCUACUGAAGGCUGAUUGAUUUGACCUGAUCGAUCAAACCAAUUCACCAUAGUUAUGAAGCCAAAACAUCAACAAUCCUUCGCCUUCAAACUGAAAUCUAAUCAUUUCACCCUGAAGUUGAUCAUAUGCAGUUUUGUUCUCAGAGAGAGAGAGAGGGGGGGGGGGGGGGGGAGAGAGAAAGGAAGGGAAAGAGCCAAUGAUUCAAGGUUUGGCUGAUAACAAAUGAAUAGUGCAAUACGAGCCAGGAAAGUUCGUAUAAAUUAGUUUGAUAAAUCCAGAGCGCUCAUUAGUUGGCAGGGAAGUGUAUCAUCGGUAAGCUGUAAUACCACAAACGGGGCAAACCUACUACAGCAUGGAACAUAAAGUCGAUAUAAAUCGUGCGGCUUAUAGCCACUUUGCGAAACCGUCCGCGUCAAUGGGAUACAGGAAAGUACUCUACACGCUCUUAGCUUUCAGCUCCAUCGCUUUCGGUGCAUUCGUGAUGGCAGUGUUCUACCACUGGAAUGAAGUACAGAGCAUCGAUAACCGAAUGCAGAUGCACGAUGUAAAGGAAGUAAUUCGACUGACGGAUAUGCUGUUGACCAAGCAUGAAUCCAAUGCGGCCAACGUUGAAAAGCUUCUCGCACUGUUUCAACAGCACUUGCGAAUGGAAUCGGGAAGUCAGUUGAACGUAGAAGCAGACUUCGAGUCAAACUUAACGUUUGGUGAUCUGGCGAAGGACAGGAAGCAGAACCAUAAGCCUUUGGAAGCUGAGCCGGCAGCCGAUGGAGAAGAAAAGGACAAUCAAUCUCCGGAAUCUGCAAAAACAAACUCGAAUCCUGCAGAUGAUAUCAUGAACCGGACGGAUGAUCAACGUCAGAGUACUACACGUGGUCCGGUAGAAGAAAAACAAUCUGCCGAGAGUUUUCAUUGGAAAUUUAGCAUUCCGCGGGCUGGCUGGUUGCAGCUUUCGCCAUUUGGUAUAAGUUACGGUACAUCGGGUGAAUCCGCUGACAAUCAAAUUGUGAGCAAGGAAGUGGAAUAACUAGCGAAUAAAAACCUUCAGAAACAGUGAAAGUAAAUUUAAAUGUAUCGUUUUUUUGGUUUUAAUUUUAAACGGGAAAAGGAAAAGGUAUUUACCAACAACGUCUUGUGGCGCCAGAAGUAAUUGAAACACUGGCAAACAUUAAAAAUCUAUCGUAAUAGAACAUCUGGAAUGUUUUUAUCUAGCAAAAAAAAAAACAUUUUUUUAAAUUUCCAGCUACAUAUAAAUUUCAUUUGUCCACUUAAAUAAUAAAAAUGUGUUUAAAAAUUACAAAAAAUUUUAAAAGAAAUUUGUAAACAGAAAAAGUACAAAUAAUGCUUAAAAGCUGUUUGUAUAUUAACAAUAGUACGAUUAUCAGUCGUCUUCAAUUAAGCGCCGGGUCCAAAUGCGGUAUGGCAGCAAACGAAAAAAAAAACAAUUACAGUUAUAGCCGUAUAAGUCAGAACUAAAACUCAGGAAUCACGAGUAAUAUUAAAUUUCAAUGAAAUACGAAAAUAUUAUUAUUUUAAUAACUCAGUUUUUUCAAAGUGAUCGUGACUCUUUUCAAUUUUAGCUUUAAUGAUAAAACUACCGAUGGCACAAUGAACGAAAGCGUAAAUAAAUUUUGUCUUGUCAAUUAAUGAUCUGCUAGGUGGAAUAUUCAUUCAAUGUUCUUUUUACACCCAUGCUUUACACAAAUAAGAAAAGUAAUUCAUCACCACUGUAAUUGUGUGUUUUAAUGUACAUUUCUUUUCCUGGAAAGGUUUGUGUUGGGGUUUGUAAACGUGUGGGUAGGAUCGCGAAGAACCUUGCCAGCCAUUAUCAAUCAAACGGCCCAAUGGCGAUAAUGAGGAGAAGUGGCGCAGAUAGUCUACAGCAGAUCGGUUGAUUCAGUCGUCGGAAAGCGCUCCACAAUUUCACUAGCAACCAACGAAUUUACGUUCACGGCAGUUGGUUCCAUACGUGCUCCGUGUUAGAUUUGCAACGGUGUGUAACAGGAUAAAACAAGAUCGGAUCAUAGUGGAUCCUGGUGCUGAGCGUAAGAUCGACCAUCUCCCUUGUCCUCAGCAAUAAUAAUGGUUACCAUUCGGAACGAUAUAGAAUCGAACGGGAGCGCCAACAGAGCGGACAGUGCAGCUAGUGUGGUCGAGGGUACCAAAAACAUUAACCAACUAGCGAACGGAUCGCGCAGAUCCACAAUGGGCGAUAUAAAGCAGAAAGCUUUCAACAAGAAGUGUGUCGGUUUCCUGGCACUGAUCGUGUGUGUUGGUGUUUGCUUCGGUGUUGGGAUGCUAUUUCUCUACGGUCAUUUGGUGGAUCGAUUGCAUGAAAGUGCCAAUCACGGGUCAAUGUUGCACGACAAAAAUGGCAAUCCUGUGAAGCAUCUUCUUACCACUACUACAUCGACAACAACGACCACUACAUCGCCAUUAUCAUCAUCAUCAUCGCCGUCGCCGACAACAUCAACGGUCCCGACAGCGGUGACGGAAAUUUCGCCUACUACGACCAGUACAGAGAGCUUCAUCCAGCCGUCUACGCCAGGAAAACGCCAGGAAGAUGAUGUGUUUGACUUAGAUUCUGGAUUGAACGACAAGGGAAAGGCUGCCGUAGCGACGCCUCAAUCCUCGAUGGAGAUCACCACUGCUCGCAACGCGGGCAUGCCGCCUGGCUGGGGCAAGAUACAGUAUAGUCCACCGCAAGGAAUGGGCUCUAACGUACAGUAUGUGCCCUCCAGCGGUAGCGGCGAUUAUUCCGGCGAUGACAGUGAUGACGAUGAUGUACAGAAUGACGCGGAAGGCUCGGGAAAUCAUAAAUAAAAUACAACGUGCUGUACGGUAAUCGAACGUGGCGCGCAAUUGUGUUGCAAAAGUUGCGAGCUUUGUUAAUAUAAAACUCCGAUAAGUACGCCACAGCUCGCUUCCGACCAGCGCACCAGAUGAUGCAAGAUGAAGGCAAUUGUUCAGAUGUGGUCGUUACGUUACGCAGUUCGUUGAGACGCAUGCUUUGGCACAGACAAGUGAUAAGAGCACCUUGUUAUGGGUGAGAACAGGACGUGGAAAGGCGAAGUAAAUUUUGGUAAACUGUUCUACAUCACAGACACUAGGAGUGCCAACAGUGAAUGUAAAGAUUGAUGAAAAAUAACACUUAUUACCAACUUCACAUGAGUGUAACGUCUAACGUCACCUCGUUUCGUAUCACAGCAAAUGUAGCAUUUUAUGUUAGAAGUGAAUUAUAAAAUUCGCGUGUUGCAAAAAUCAUGGUUAGAGUGUUUUAUUGUAGUACUUAUUCAAUAAAAUAUAAUAAUAUGGUGAAUACUAACGACAAGAAAACAAUUCUUUUUCUCAAGAAAGUAGUAGCAAUAUAAUAUACGAAAGUUAGAAGGAUCUAUGUUAUUGAGGUAUGGCUGAAAUUGACGAAUUUGUAUUGCGUCUUAAUGUUGCCUUUAUGUCUUACCAUUUAGUGCUGAACUAUCUGUCCCUAAUUGGUGUAUUAAUAGAUAAAAAAUAGCCGGUCCUGUGACAACCAGAUUUGAAUCUAUGAUGGGUCUAUUGUAACCAGUGCCGUAUGGACAGAGUACUAGCGACAUGGCCCCCCGGAAGGAUGGCCCCCGAGGCUGGCGAAUCAUUUCAAAGGGGCCUCAACUUGUAUUACCGCCUAGGGCCCCCGAUACCCUUAAUCCGCCACUGAUUGUAACAUCGUGCACCUAACGACAAUACUACCGCGAUUGACUCUUUUAACUCUUACUUUGCUCCAUAUUUCAUGCUUACUAUUGAAGAAUAUGUAAUUCAUUAUAAACUGAA